UUUUCAAACAAAGGGGUAAUCGAAAAGGCGGGAAAACGCAACGAAACACAUAUUUUUCUCAUCUUUAAUUUUCAGUGAGAAUUGAGCUUCAUAAUCACUAGAGAAGACAUAAAUCAGUCCGUAAAACCCCCAAUUUUGCUGUUGAAUUGAAAAUCGAAGGAUAAAUUAGGGUUUAUCCAAGUUGAAAAUGGAGAGGAUUUACGUCACAGUUAGGGCAAGGCCUCUAUCUACAGAAGACGCAAAAUCAAGCCCUUGGAAAUUAUCUGGGAAUUCAAUCAUCUUCCCGAAUUCCUCUUUCAAGUUCGAUUUUGAUAGGGUUUUCGGAGAUGAUUGUAAGACUAAAGAGGUUUAUGAAACUCGUACUAAAGAUAUUGUUUCUGCCGCUGUCGGCGGGUUCAACGGCACAGUGUUUGCAUAUGGGCAAACAAACAGUGGGAAAACACAUACAAUGCGUGGAUCUCCUAGUGAACCGGGAGUCAUUCCUCUUGCUGUUAGAGAAUUGUUUGAUAUAAUCCAAGAGGUUCCUGAUCGGGAGUUUCUUUUGCGAAUGUCCUAUUUGGAGAUUUAUAACGAGGAGAUCAAUGACCUGUUAGUUCCUGAACACAGAAGGCUGCAAGUUCAUGAAAGCCUUGAGCGGGGCAUAUUUGUUGCUGGUUUGCGUGAAGAAAUUGUUGCUUCACCUGAGCAAGUCCUUGAUUUUAUGGAAUCUGGAGAAUCUCAUCGGCACAUUGGAGAAACGAAUAUGAAUUUGCACAGUAGUAGAUCUCAUACAAUAUUUCGCAUGAUAAUUGAGAGUCGCGAUAAAGCAGGGGAUGAAGAGUCUGGGGACUCCUGUGAUGCUGUUCGUGUCUCUGUUUUGAAUCUAGUUGAUCUUGCUGGCUCAGAACGUGCUGCAAAAACUGGAGCAGAAGGUGUACGUUUGAAAGAAGGUUCUCAUAUUAAUAAAAGCUUGAUGACUCUGGGAACUGUCAUAAAAAAGCUCAGUGAAGGUGCUGAAAGUCAGGGGGGUCAUGUUCCUUAUCGAGACAGCAAGCUUACACGUAUUCUGCAACCUGCCCUUGGAGGGAAUGCUAAUACAGCGAUAAUAUGCAAUAUUACUCUUGCACAGAUUCAUGCAGACGAGACAAAAAGUAGUCUUCAGUUUGCAAGCAGAGCUUUACGAGUCACUAACUGCGCACGUGUUAAUGAGGUUUUAACUGAUGCCGCGUUGUUGAAGAGGCAAAAAAAAGAAAUUGAGGAGCUUCGGGGUAAAUUGCAGUCUUCUCAAUCGGAACAUCUUGAGGAUGAAAUCCUUAACCUUAGAAACACGUUAUUACAGUCUGAGUUAGAGAGAGAGCGAAUAGCUCUGGAGUUGGAGGAGGAGAAAAGAGAGCGACAAAGGAUGCUAGAACAGCAAGCCAAAAAAAUCAAGGACUUGAGUACUAUGAUAUUGUACUCGAACGGAGAGGAAAAUCAUCAUAAAAAGGAAAAGAGAAGGAAGACAUGGUGCCCUGGUAAACUCACAUUGGAGGCUCCCGAUGAAGCAUCUAACACGAAAAAUUCAAGGAAUUCCGGUAUGAAGGUGAGACAAGAGCGUGAUCAAGGACCUCUUGUUCGUUUUGAAGAUCUUGUAACUGAAAGUGAAGCCGUACGUGAUGUCUCUAGCAAACAAAAGGAAGAUUAUGAUGACACUAUUUCGGAUGAUUGUGUGCUUCCAGACCCAUGUACCUUGCUCAAAGUUACUAGCAGGAGAAAAUUGCCACAAAAGAAAAAAGUCUUGCCUAUGGAGAACAAUGAAUUACAUGAACUGCAAGCUGCAUACGAAGACCUUUUUCUGAGAUUUGAAUCUCAGAGGAUCAUGUAUGACGUACAACUUGAUUGCUUGAAAAGAAUGUCGAAAACUUAUGCAGAAAACUUCAAUUGUCCUGCUCAUCCUCUGGACAAUACUUCUCUAUGUGGUGACAACUGUAUGCCCUCAAAAGAUGCAGAGCCUACCCUUUUAAUUGAACAGUUAAAAGAGCAGGUUAAGGUGUUAGAAAUGGAAAAAGUAUCAAAUGAACAGAACUACGAGAGUAUUAUUGAUUUUGAGAAAAAGCAGAAAACAUGCGCAGUGGAAAAAUACGAAGAGCUCUAUGAAGAGCUGCAGAAUGUGAAAAAGGAGGCUAAUGUUGCUUGCAUUGAAUUAAGUGAAAGAUAUGCUGAAGCAACGGAGGAAAGAAAUUCAAACUCAGUGUCAGAGCUUCUAUUGGAGUUCCAUCAAACAUGUGAAGAAGUCCAAAGCUUGAAUACAUUGUUUGGAUGCAUCUCAUCGGUCACUGAGGAGCUUCUCCAGAACAAUUCCAGUGCACUUAAUGAGUUAUCUAAUUUGAAAUCCUUUAUGGGUGAGAACUCGGUGUUGCUGAGAUCAGUUGCUAAUGAUCACGGAAAGUUAAUCAAUAGUUUGAAAAACAGGAUAAUUGAACUUGAGAAUGAGAAGCUUAUGUUAAAUAGUGAAACUACUGAUCUUAGGGAACAACUGCAAGGUCUGAGCAUAAAGGUUCAGGACUCUGAAAAAACCUUGGCUGAACUCUCAGAGCAGUAUAAUACGGAAAAGUCAGAACUAUUUUCUCAUAUUGAAUAUCUUGAAAAGGAAGUCUAUUGCUUGUCAUCUUCUUCCUUGUCGAGAGAAAAGGAAUCACUGCGGAAAGAUCUUGAGAAAACAAAAAAUAAGUUGAAGGAGACCGAGUCAAAGCUUAAGACUUUAAUGCAAGAGAAAACCAGAUUUGAGGGUGAGAGAGCUAAUGCUGAAAGAGAGAUUAAAAAGUUGCAUAGUCAGAAGGCUCUGCUUGAGCGUGAUAUCUGCAAACGGGACUCCCUUGCUGGUAAAAGACGUGACUCCUGUGUUGAUCGUCCUAGGGCAGUUGAUUCCAGAAAGAUAAGAGGUCAAGAAAGCAUUACGCAGCAGACACUGCAGGAUGAUUAUAAGAAGCUGGAAGUUCUUGCCUUUGAAAUGGAAACAACAAUUGCUUCUCUAGAUGAGGAGCUUGCUGCUGCUAAUCAAGAAAAGGAAGAAUUACUUGCUAGAAAUGAAAGUUUGAGUUUUGAAAUUGAGAUGCUAUCCGACAAGUUUGACACUUCAAACAGCGAAUUAAAUGCUUUGCAAGAAGAGCUUUUAGAUUUCAAAUCGAAGCUUGAGAAAUCUGAAAGCUCCCACCAAAAAUUGGAAAGUCAGCUUAAUCUAUUGGCGGAGGAAAAGGAAGAGCUAGCAAUGCAACUCACAAAUACCCUGUUAGAAUUAGAGGAGGAAAAGGCAGUGUGGUCAGCUAAGGAAAAAGCUUCUGUUGAAGCCAUCAAAGAAAAAGCAAAUGUAUAUAAUGAUGAGAUCAUUUCAUUAUCAAGUGAUCUGUCAAAGGUGAGAUGCGAAAUGCUGUCUUUCCAAAAGGAAUAUGAGGUUCUUCAGGAGAGAUUGAAACGUGCAGAAGAUCAUGCAGAAAAAUGCAGCAUGGAGAAGUCAUCUGAGAUUGAUCAACUGAAACAUGCACUUGAAGUAGCCGACUAUGAGAAGAGGAAUUCUGAAGACCUAUUGAAGUCCAAACUUGAUGUUUUAUCUUUGGAACAUAGUUUGUCUUGUGACAAAAUAGAAAUGCUUCAGACGGAGUUAGCUACUCUAAAAAAGGAGCAUGGAAAUUUAUCAUGUAGAAUCAAAGAACAGGAGCAAGCAUCAACUUUGUCAAAUGACUUGCAGUUGACAGCAAAACAUGAAGCAGACCAUCUUUCAAAGAGAUUAAUUGAACAGGAACAAAAGAUGCACAAUGAUGAAGUCAAGUACAACAAGGAGAUGACAAAGCUAAGAAUGAGAUUCCGAUCAACAGCAGCUAAAUCAGAUGUCUUCCGGGAGAGGUACAAGAAGGCUUUAGAUGAGCAGGACUUCAUGCAUAAGACAUUCGAUGAAGCUUCCACUAUGUUGAAAGAACGGUUGGCUUCCUAUGCUAUAGAGGUGUUUAACUUGAAGAAGCAACUUGCUGCUGCAAUUUCUGCAAAUACCAACUGACCAUUCCAUGUAAUGAAAUAUAUGUUAUGAGAAAAGCAACUGAUUUGUACAUUGAAUAGGUUCGGAUUAAGGACUUCCCUAAACUUUUAGUUGACUUUUAGGAAGUGUAUAUCUAAAAAUACAUCAUAUUAUUUAGUAGCUAAUUGUAAAAAUGUUGGCAACUUGAUUGGGAGUGGAUUAACAAAGAAAGUAGCUUUUGUAAAAAUGGUUUUGUUA